ACAAAACAGUAUAUUCAAUGAUAAAGUAAUUCACAUUGCUCGAUAUCAGCGGCCUAUCUCUAUAAUAAUACAUUACGUCUGCUAUAAAAUAUUAUCACCAGGGCACCGAAAAUAUAGUAUUCUAGCGAAUAUCCGAGACACAGUGGCCAUGCUGAAUUAACAUAAUAGUGCGAACAUAAUAGUGACGGCAAAAAGUGAAAGUGAUUUCCAUAUAUUAAUUUAACUUAUAAUAAACAAAAUGACCAUUACACCUGGUAAUCAUUUAGUAAACGUGAUCGAAAGUGUAUCAGUAAAAGAUGCCAAUAAUUCGGACGGAAAAAGAAAACUAGUCGCUGAUUGUAAAGCUGUCCUAGCCGAGUUUAUUUCGACAUUACUUCUCGUAUUCUUCGGUUGUAUGGCAUGCGUGCCCUUGGAAGGAUUCAACAUACAACCACCACUAUACGGACCAUUUGCAUUUGGUUUUAUCGUUUUAUUUAACAUACAAGCCUUUGGCCAUAUAUCAGGAGCUCAUAUGAAUCCAGUAGUUACUCUAGGAGCUGUGCUUUGGGGUAAAAUGUCGAUUAUGCUGGGAAUAGCAUACGCGAUAGCACAGUGUGCUGGUUCGAUUCUCGGAUAUGGUAUACUAAUGGGAGUGUCGCCACUGGACUUAGUACCGGAUGCAGUUUGCACAACGCAACCUCAUGCGCAACUGACGAUGUUACAAGCUGUUGGGGUCGAAGUUAUUUUAACUGCGGCGUUGAACUUUUUGAAUUGUGCUAUUUGGGAUCCUGCAAAUGAAGCAUCACUAGAAUCGGUAUCUUUGAAAUUUGGAUUUACAAUUGCCGGUCUUUCUAUAGCUGGUAGUGAACUUACAGGAGCAAGUAUGAAUCCUGCGAGAUCCCUAGGCCCAGUCGUUUGGACGGGGGCUUGGUCUACGCAUUGGGUAUACUGGGUCGGACCAAUCAUCGGCGGAUCAAUUUCAGCAUUGUUUUAUAAAUACAUUUGGCUUAAUACAAGUAAGGAACUGAAAGAUAAGUAGGGUAUUUUAAGAUAUAGUAUUUAGCAA